AUACCGGUGGAGGACCCCAUCGUGUCCACGGACGAGGUCAUCUUCCCUUUGACCAUCUCCCUCGACAAGCUGCCGCCUGGUACCGUCAAGGCCAAGAUUGUGGUGACAGUGUGGAAAAGGGACACGGAACCGCCCGAGCUGCAGGAGGGUGGCGGGUAUCUAAGCCUGCUGCAGACACGGGCGCCGGCACACGUCUUCCGCCAGGAGCAGGGGGCCUUCAAGGCGCAAGUGAGCACCCUGCUGACAGUGCUACCCCCACCCGUGGUGCGAUGCCGCCAGCUCACUGUGUCCGGGAAGUACCUCACCGUGCUCAAAGUGCUCAAUGGCUGGUCCCAGGAGGAGAUCUCACUGUGGGAUGUGCAGAUCCUGCCCAACUUCAAUGCCAGCUACCUGCCUGUCAUGCCUGAUGGCUCUGUGCUGCUGGUUGAUGACGUGUGCCACCACUCAGGCGAGGUGCCUGUGGGUGCCUUCUGCCGUGUGGCCGGUGCCGGCUUGGCCUGUCCCUGUGCCCUCAGCGCCCUCGAGGAGCACAACUUCCUCUUCCAGCUCCAGGCACCUGAGAGACCCCCCGAGGAUGCCAAGGAGGGCUUGGAGGUCCCACUGGUGGCCGUGAUCCAGUGGUCAACGCCAAAACUGCCCUUCACCAGCAGCAUCUACACGCAUUACCGGUGA